AUGUAUUUCAUUCAUUCUUUCUUGCUUGCUUGCUUGCUUUCUCUUCGUACAGCUACCUUUCUUUCUCCCAUUCGUUCAUUUUUCAUUCAUUCAUUCAAUCAUCCAUUCUUUCUUUCUUUCUCUUUUCUUCUUUCUUUCUUUUUUCUUUCUUUAUUUCUUGCUUGCUUUUUCUUUGUACUGAUACAUUCCUUUCUUUCUUUCUUUUUUUUUCUUUCUUUAUUUCUUGCUUGCUUUUUCUUUGUACUGAUACAUUCCUUUCUUUCUUUCUUUUUUUUUCUUUCUUUAUUUCUUGCUUGCUUUUUCUUUGUACUGAUACAUUCCUUUCUUUCUUUCUUUCUUUCUUUCUGUACUGCUCCCAUUCUUUCCUUCUUUCUUUCGUUUGUUUGUAUUCCAUCGAUUUUCUUCCUUCUCUUUCUUUUUUCUAACAUCCUUUACUUCCCAUUUAAUACCUUCUUUUUUUCAAUUCUUUUCUUGAUAUUUUCUUCUUUCUUUUUCAUCCCUUUUUCUCUGUUUUUUAUCGCCUUUCCUUUUCAUUCUUUCCGUCUUUGUUUUAAAAUAUUUCUUUCAUUCUUUUUUCUCUUUUUCUUUCAGUUUUUUCAUUGUUUCUUCUCGCCUUUUAUUUAUUUUCUUUCUUACUUUAGUUCGUUAAUCUCAUUAAUCUAUCAUUUUCUCUUUUGUUGCUUUCUUUUUAUUAUGUCUCUUAUUCCUUCAUUAAUAGUCUUCUCUCUCUCUCUCUCUCUCUCUCUUUUUUACAUUUGCUUUAUCAUAUCUCGGACCCUAAACUCUUUUAUCUUUCGAUGGUUUCGAGUUGAAGUUUGUUUCAAGCAUUCUCUCGAUAACUUUAUUUUCUCUCCGAUUUGUUGCUUGUCUUUCAUCUCUCAUUUUCUUUCCAUUCCCCAUUCCUUCACUUUCUUUUUCUCUUCCUAUCAGUUUUCAUUCUUCGUCCUUUUUUCCCUACCGCUUUUCCUUUCUUCUCAAAUUUUCUACCUUUCUCCUCUUUUCUUUAUUAUUGCUUCUCUGUCUUCCUUUCUUUCCAUAUUUCCUUUAUUUAUUCUUUCAAUCAUCAUUUUUCUUUUUAUCUCAUCUUUUUUUGAUUUUGUGUUUUCUUUAUUUCUUUUUUUUCUGUCUUUCUUUCUUUUUUCUUUUUCCUUCCGCCUUUCUUUAUUUCAUCCUUUCUUUCAUUAUUUCUUUCUUUCUUUCUUUUUCGUUCCAUCCUUCCGUCCUCCUUUUCCUUCGUUUCUUUCUUCCUCCCUUUCUUUCUUUCUUUCUUUCUUUAUUUAUUUAUUUCUUUCAUUCAUUUUCUUUUUGUCUUUCUUUGUUUUCUUUUUUCCUUCGGCUUUUCUUUCUUUCAUCCUUUGUUUCUUUUUUUCUUUCAUCCUUUCUUUCUUUCUUUCUUUUUCUUUCCCUCCUUCCUUCCUUCUUUUCUUCUUUCUUUCUUUUUCUUUCCCUCCUUCCUUCCUUCUUUUCUUCUUUCUUUCUUUUUCUUUCCCUCCUUCCUUCCUUCUUUUCUUCUUUCUUUCUUUUUCUUUCCCUCCUUCCUUCCUUCUUUUCUUCUUUCUUUCUUUCUUUCUUUCUUUCUUUCUUUCUCAUGUCACUAGUCUCCAGUGCUUUACUUUUCUUUCUUUCAUUCUCUUUCUUCUUUCUCUUUUAUUCCAGUCUUCGUUCCUUCUUUCUUACUUUUUUCCUUACUUCUUUGUUUCUGUCUUUCAAUUCUGUCUCCAGUAUUUUCCUUUUCUUUCUCUCUUUUUUCUUUCUUUCUUUUAUUCGUUCGUGCAUUCCAUACUUCCUUCUUACUUUUUCUUUCUUUCUUUCUUUCUUUCUUUCUUUCUUUCUUUCUUUCUCAUGUCGCUAUUCAGUCUCCAAUGCUUUUCUUUCUUCCUUUUUCUCUUUUUUCCGUUUUGCUUUCAAUUAUUUUGCUUUUUAUGUCAUUUCUUUCUAGAAUACAUUUUUUCUUUUUUCUAUUUUCCCUCCUUCUUUCUUUCUUUCUUUCUUUCAUUUCUUUUUUCUUUCUUUUAUCUUUAUUUCUCAUGUCAUUAUUCAAUCUUCAAUACUUUUCUGUCUUUCUUUCUUUUUUUCUUUCCGUCUUUCUUUCUUAACUUACUUAUUUCUACAACUUCCUUACUUUAUUUCUUCCAGAUAUAA